AUGGCUGUUCGCAACCAAGGUAUCUCCUCCUCGAGGAGCAAGUCGCGCAAGGCGCACUUCUCUGCCCCCUCCAGCGAGCGUCGAGUUCGCAUGUCCGCCCCUCUCUCCAAGGAACUGCGAGAGAAGUACAACGUCCGCUCUAUCCCCCUCCGCAAGGGCGACGAAAUUUCUAUCGUUCGCGGCUCCAACAAGGGCCGUGAUGGCAAGAUCACCUCCGUCUACCGUCUCAAGUACGUCAUCCACGUUGAGCGUGUUGUCCGUGAGAAGAGCAACGGCCAGAGCGUUCCUCUCGGUAUCUCCGCCUCCAACGUCGUCGUCACCAAGCUCCACCUCGACAAGGACCGCGAGCAGAUCCUCGCCCGUAUCGCCAAGGGUCGUGAGGCUGUCCAGAGCAAGUCGGCUUAA